AUGUCUACUGGUGGCCGCCGCCAAAUCAGUGGAUCAAAGUUAACACAGACGGCUCGGCUCUUGGAGCUCCGGGGAAGAUUGCGGCUGGGGCUGUUAUUCAGGGAUAAGUUCAGCUGGGUUCGGGGAUGUUUCCACGUCAAAGGCGGCAUUGGCUUCGCUUUUGAAGCGGAAUUAUUAGCUGUUAUCUCGGCAAUUCAAAUUGCCGAUCACCGAAAUUGGAAGUAUCUGUGGAUUGAGUCGGAUUCCACAUACAUUGUAAAUUUGCUUCAAACUCGGUCACUUGAUGUUCCUUGGCGGUUUGCAGCACGUUGGAAGGAGGUUUUGGCAAUUCUUGCUGAUUUUAACCUCCAUGUUACACACAUCUUUCGUGAGGGGAACAAAAUGGCUGACAUUUUGGCGGCGAACAAUAUGCCAGAAGGAUGGUGGCCGAUGGAGAUUGAGCCUAUUAAGAAGGCGGUGAGGGUGGACAUGAACUGUCAUAGCCAUCUUCGGAUGGUGCGGUAA